AUGCCCAAGCUUCCUUCGGUGUCUGAGUUGAUUGUGGGCGCCCAGCUCUCGUCCCACCUCGACCGCUCUCCUAACCACAUGACAGUGAAGCACCUGGACUCGAGCCCCAGACUGGCUCACCCCGUGCUGCCUCACCUGGAAAAAAGCACUUUUGCCUCCUCGGUGCCGCCGCCUCUGGCGCCCUCGUUACAUCCACCCGUGGCGUUUCCUGCUGUUCCCAACACCCUCCCGCUUCCACGUUCUCGCAAUCCCUCGGUAUCAAGCACUUACUCUGGGCCCAGUCGACCGGGAGACUACUUCAGCACCAGCCACACAGUGCUUCCACCGCCUCCUGCCACUCAACGCACUCCACAACAUCCAGGCAUUUCCCAAACGCCUCUGUAUGAGCAACCUCACCACGCCGUGGAGUCUCCUUUGCACGCGCUGCUGCCCCAUCAGACAAGAUCUUCGCUGCUCUCGCAUCCACCACCACCUCAUAUCCAACAACAACAGCAACAACAACAACCUCAACAACAUCCACUUCCGCUCUAG